AUGGCAUCCCGCACGGAAACCACCGUCAUCGUCACCACCGCCGAUGGCGCCUGGGCGGAAUCCAAGAAAGAGAUCCCCCAAUGUUCUCCCCGCUCCCUUCUGGUCAAGGUCCACUCGGUAGCCCUCAAUCCCAGCGACCACAAAAUGCCCCUCCGUGUUAAGACCACCGGACUGUCCGUCGGCAUUGAUUUCGCCGGCGAGGUGGUCGAGGUGGCAACCCACGCCAACGAGUUGCGCACGCGCGACGGGCUGCGGCCCUGGAUGGUGGGAGACCGCGUCUGUGGCUCCGUGCAUGGGAGUAACCUGCUCCAUCCCAAUUGGGGCUCGUUUGCUCAUUCCGUCGAGGCCGAUCCGGUCGUCCUGACGCGCAUCCCGCUGGCCUGGGACUGGACAAUGGCCUGCUGCGAGAGGGGUCCGUGA